AUGGAGAAGAAGAUGAUGACGAUUGUUUUGUGUCUUGUUCUGGCUGCUUCACUUGUUGGCAUCCACCACGUCUCGGCGGCUCAUACCAUUGUCUUUAGUAGGUCGACGCAUAUCGUUGGUCGAGACGGGCUAUGUUUGGACGUGAUUGGAGGGUACAAUGACAACCAUAUUCCAACUCAACUAUGGACCUGCAAUCCUCAAAACCACCAGCUAUGGACGAUUCAAACUGACGGGACGAUUCGGUCCAUGGGCAAAUGCUUAGUUCCUAAUGGGCGCAGCCCUGGAUCCUACACCAUGAUAGACGAUUGCAACGACGCUAAUCCAGAUGACAAGACUUGGAAAUUAUAUCCCGAUGGCACUCUCGCCCAUGUCCGCUCCGGCCUCGUCUUGACGGCUCAAGCAACUGGACCGCACACGAUAACCACAAUAGAGACCAACACAUACGCUGCAAUGCAGAGUUGGACGACGGGAGACGAUGGGACACCCAUCGUGACCACCAUCGUAGGACUCCGCCGCAUGUGCUUGCAGGCUCAAAACGACAACGUCCAUGUCUCGAUGAAUAGUUGCAUGAAAAACAAUCGACAACAAUAUUGGGCACUGUACGGUGAUGGCACUAUUCGAGCCAACUUUAACACAAGUCUUUGCAUGAGCGGUACGGGGAAAGGCUCGAAUGAUGCUAUUGUGUUAGCCAAAUGCGAGGGGUCUCCUCAGCAACGGUGGUUGGCUAAGGAGGAUGGCACCAUCUUAAAUCUCAAUACUAAUUUGGUGAUGGAUGUGAAAGGAAGUGAUCCUAAUCUUCGCCAGAUUAUUCUGUUUGGUCGCACUGGAAAUCCUAAUCAGCAGUGGAUAUGGGAACGUUGCUGUUUGUUCGUUGGUUGCCAUCGUCAAGGGGAUGUAUUGUGGGAGGAGGUCGUGUGGGGUCUUAGGUCGACAUGUUGGGCUGCCGUCGGGGGAGGUUGCUGGAGCUGUCGUCGUAAAAGAAAGUGGACGGAGGGGUCGCCGCCGUCUGGUGCUGCUGCCGCGCUCUCGCCGGAGGAAGGGGGCGGUGGCUAG